AUGGCUACAGGCUCCAAGUUCAAUUUCCACUUUUGGACAGGCAAGGCAAAAGACACAAUAAAGAAUGCAGCACUCGGCAGCAAAAAAACGGCACCACCUCAGCAUCAACAUCAUCAGCAUAACAAUAGCCACGUUCAUCCGCAUGCCUAUGAUCAUGCUAUCACGACCAUGUCGCCUACGUCGCCCGAGCAGCGCGAGAGGAAGAUGUCAUUUGGUAGACCAGCUUUUCAAGAAAACCGUAAAAACAGUACAUCGCCCGCACCGCCCACUUUGACCAAAAUCGAUCAUACCAGUAAUAUUGGCAAGCACCCUUCUCAUCAGUCACCAUCACGAUCGACAUCCAGUGACGAAACAUCGCCAGUGACACCUCGCGCGACAAACGACCUAUACACACGCCGGUGUGCUCGCUGCCAUAGAGAUGUUGUAAAAGAAAGUUCUGUUCCAGUAGGAGAUGAUACAAUAAUCAUCAGCCAUCAGUUGCUUACAUAA